AUGGAAAUAGAUGCCGUGCUGGACAGCGACGAUGAUGAGCACCGGACCAGGAGAGCCAGAGCCAACAGGAAGCCCAAUAAACCACCUCCUCGCAGGAGGCAGCAAGAGAGCGAGGAGGAGAGCGAGGAGGAGGAGGCUCCCAGGAAGAGGAGGCCCAAGAAGAAAGCCAAGGAGAGUGAGGACGAGGACGAGAGCGAGGACGACAGGAAAGCCAGCAAGCAGGAGAAGCAGGAGCAGAACAGCAAGGAGAAGAGAGGGGGGGCCAAGGGUGCAGGGAAGGGGGGCAAUGACAAAGACAAGGACAAGAAGAAGGGAAAGGACAGCAGUUCAUCGAACGACGACGACAGUGAUGAGGAAGACGAGUCGAUGUCGGAGGGAGAGAUGGCCGCCCUGAAAGAGGAGGUGGAGGAGAAGAAGAAGAUGAUCGCCACUCUGCGGAACAAGCCAUGGCGCAUGAAGAGGAGACUCGCGGCCCUGAAGGAGGCCCAGAGCUUUGUGGAGAAGUUCGAAGGCGCUCUGGGGAAAGGGAAGGGAAGGAAACUGUAUGCAUUCAAAGUCAUGAUGACAAAGAAAUGGAUCAAGUUCAAAAGAGACUUUGACAACUUCAAGACCGCCUGCAUUCCAUGGGAGAGGAAGAUCAAAGAAGUUGAAAGUCACUUUGGGUCCUCAGUAGCCUCCUACUUCAUCUUUCUCCGAUGGAUGUAUGGCCUGAAUCUUAUACUCUUUGGCUUUGUGUUUGGACUAGUCGUUAUUCCUGAGGUCUUAAUGGGGCUGCCUUAUGGAUCCAUACCUCGAAAGACAGUCCCGCGAGCAGACCAAGCUCGGGCUAUGGACUUCUCCGUCCUCUUUGAGUUUGGUGGUUAUUGUAAAUACUCUGUCCUGUUUUAUGGCUUCUACAAUGACAAGCGGACUAUAGGGCUCCUACAGUUCAGGCUUCCCUUGUCCUAUCUCCUCGUUGGCGUUGGGAUAUUUGGGUAUAGCCUGAUGGUUGUCAUCAGAACCAUGGCGAAGAAUGCCAACGAGGGGGGAGACGGAGGAGAGGAUGGCGCUUUCACCUUCAGCUGGAAGCUCUUCACCAGCUGGGAUUACCUCAUCGGAAACCCGGAGACGGCCGACAACAAGUACGCCUCCAUCACCACCAGCUUUAAGGAGUCUAUCGUGGAAUUGCAAGAACAGCAGAAGGAUGAGAACAUUCACCUCCGCAGGUUUCUCCGACUCUUAGCCAACCUGCUUAUCCUCUGCACCCUAGCAGGAAGUGGCUACCUCAUCUACUUUGUGGUCAAGAGGUCACAGGAUUUCGCUGACAAGGAGGACGAGGAGCUGUCAUGGUUUGAGAAAAACGAGGUGGAAUUUGUGAUGUCUCUCCUGGGUUUGGCGUGUCCACCGUUGUUUGAGACUAUUGGCGAGCUGGAAGACUAUCACCCUCGGAUCGCUUUGAAAUGGCAGCUGGGCAGAAUCUUUGCCCUCUUCCUGGGCAACCUCUACACCUUCCUGUUUGCUUUGUUUGAUGAAGUACAAGCCAAGCUGGAGAAGGAGAAAGACAUCAGGAAUGCUACAAUCUGGGCCCUCGAUGAGUACUAUGCCAAUUACUCUAUGCAUCACAACAUUACGACUAACAUCCCUCCACCAGAAAUCGAGCCUGCCGAUGUCAUCAGAGGCCCAUGCUGGGAGACCGGUGUUGGCAUAGAGUUUGUGAAGCUCACAGUGUCUGAUAUUCAAGUGUCGUACCUGACCAUCCUCAUUGGGGACUUCUUGAGGGCAGUGAUUGUACGUUUCCUCAACUACUGCUGGUGCUGGGACCUGGAGGCUGGAUUUCCAUCGUAUGGAGAAUUUGACAUCAGUGGCAAUGUGCUGGGGCUCAUUUUCAACCAGGGCAUGAUCUGGUGAGGAAGUCAUGUUCUCCAUCUACUUGGAAACACGAAGAUGUAUGAUGUGGUCAUCGACACGAUUGACCGGGACCUGCCUGAGUUCAUGGGAACCAUCUUCAGCUACGCGUCCAACCCCGGCCUCAUCAUGCCUGCUGUGCUGCUGAUGGUGUUGGCAAUCUAUUACCUGAAUGCUGUGUCAAAAGCUUACCAGCAAGCUAACUUGGACCUAAAGAAAAAGAUGCAAUUGGCCAGAGACGAGGAGAAGAAUCGCAGGAAUAACAAGGCCAGCACCAACCAGGUGAUGAAGGAUCUGGAGGACCUCAUGCCCAACAAGUCACUUAUUCCGCCCCCCGAACCAGAGAAGCCAGCAGAGCCCAUCAAAGAGCAGCCUAAAGGCAAGUCACCAAAGGUGUCAGGGAAACCUGGUGCAGCUGGAGUGAACUUGCAAAAAGACGUCUCAUUGGCUGCGGCAAAUCCCCGUGGGCCAAUCACCCACCCUCCAGGACCCAGGGGUCCACUACCAGGCAAUCCUAGAGGUCCUGUCCCGGGACCAGGAAGAGGGCGGGGAAGAGGAGGCCCUCCCAGACAUUAGUUUUAGCAACGUUAAAGCAACACUAAAGUAGCCUGGAAAACCAGCGCCAACUGCUGGACGGCAAAAUGUUUUGCCUGCAUUUGGGUCUGGCCUCGGACCAUUGAACAUUUUGAAAACACUGCCCUGAAUCUGGCAGAUGGCAACUAAACCAAUCACAACGCAGAGAUGUGUUUUGA